GUCUCCUUCCCUUCCGCUCCAUUGUUUCAGUUGUUGGUGAAGAUAUCGAAAUACUCCGUAUGUAAAACUGGAAUAACAGAUGCCGUGGAGUAACACCGACGCAGGGUCGCUCUGGAUGAGAGCGGAUUAGACGUGAAGGGAGAUGGAGCCUGUAAAAAGCUGAAGUGUAUGCGGGCACCACCGGUCAGUGCUUGGACAGGAUGUGAUGUCCCAGCGGCAGCGGCUCCCGGUCCAGCUUUGUGUUAGCGAGCGGGGACCGCCGCCUCCCUCCACCCCCUCCCCCCUCUCCCGCUCCACAGACAUGUUUGAGGUCAAAUCCCGGGCGGUGGAGAAGAAGGAGUCGAGCACGGAGACGGACGAGGGGCUCGGCAGCAGCGGUAAGCACUACGGCUCGUUGGGCUCCGGCUCGGCCGACUCCGGCUCCGUGUACCUGUCGGACAGCCAGGACUGGGCGGUCUCUCCCGGCUGCUCCCCGGACGAAGGCCACGCUCCACACAGCGCCAUCUCCCCCGUGCUGGCCGAGGAGACCUUCCGCUACAUGACGUAUCUUGCCUUGGAGCCCUCUUCCUAUCCCCACCCCGGCUCUCAGAGCCUCUCCAAAGUCCUCAGCGCAGAUCGCAUGGAGCAGAUGACCAGGACUUACAAUGACAUUGAAGUGGUCUCGCACCUUUUGGCGGAGCGGGACAGAGACUUGGAGCUGGCGGCUCGGAUCGGUCAGUCCCUCCUGCAGAGGAACCACCUGCUGCAGGAACGCAACGAGGCCUUAGAGGAGCAGCUGGCGCAGGCUCUGGACCAGGUUCACCAGGUGCAGCAUGAGCUCGGAAAGAAGGAGGAACUUCUGCGCAUGGUGGCCAGCGCCUCGGAAGAGAGCGAGACCGACUCCAGCGCGUCCACGCCGCUGCGGCAGCCCCGGCCGCCGGGGGGGGCGACGUCGGCCGCCGCCACGCUCGGCCAGCUGGAGUCCCUCCAGGUGAAGCUGCAGGAGCUGGAGGAGGAGAACCUGUCACUGAGGUCCGAGGCGUGUCAACUGAAAUGCGACACCAUCACCUACGAGGAGAAGGAGCAGCAGCUUGUAAACGACUGUGUCAAGGAGCUCCGAGAGUCCAACAGCCAGAUGGUUUCCCUGAGCGACGAGCUAUCUGAGAAGAACGAGGAGCUGCUCAGGCACCAGGAGGAAAUCUCUCAGUUGCUCUCCAAGAUAGUAGAGCUGCAGCACAGAGUGAAGGAGCUGGCCCUGGAGAAAGAGGAGCUGAGGAUCCACCUGCAGGCGUCCAAAGAGUCUCAGCGACAGCUCACAGCAGAGCUGGACGAGUUGGCAGACAGGAAUGCGGAGUGUGUGGAGAUGCUACAUGAAUCCCAGGAGGAGAUCAAGGAGCUUCGCAGUAAAAACACUCCCUCAGCUGGGAUGCGGAGGCACCUCUCCUACGGCGUCUAUCCCAUGGACUCAUUGGCCGCCGAAAUCGAGGGCACUAUGAGGAGAGAAAUGAGUGUAGAGGAGGAGACGGCCUCCCUGGACCAAAGAGUAUCCCAGAAGCGAGUCUUCCAAACGGUCCGCUCCAUCAACGCCUCGUCGCCGCGGCCGGCUUUGGCCACGCCCCCCAUCCCCGGCUCGGGUCAGAGCUCUCUAGUGAUGACCGCACAGCCUUUCGCGUCCUCUCAGGGGGAGGAGGUGCGGAUGGGCCAGCCCGGCUGCCCAGGAGGAAACGACCUGACCAAAGCCCUCCACCGGCUAUCGCUGCGACGGCAGAACUUCCUCUGCGAGCGGCGGUUCUUCCAGGCGGAGCGCGAGAAGAAGCUGCAGGCCCUGGCGGGCGCGGAGGGGGGGGGCGGCGGCGGGAGCAGCGGCUGCAGCUCGCCGGUGGGCAGCGCGUGUUCCUCCUUCUCCAACCUGUCGGAGCUCUCUUUCGGCUCCAGCGUCUUCAAGACCUUCCUGCCGGAGAAGCUGCAGAUCGUCAAGCCCAUGGAAGGCUCACUGACGCUGCAUCACUGGCAGCAGCUGGCUCAACCCCACCUGGCCACCAUCCUGGACCCCCACCCUGGGGUGGUGACCAAAGGCUUCUGUCCACUGGUUCAGGACACCGUGUACCGGCUGUCUGACAUGGAGGAGGACGAGGAGCAUACGGGUGUCCUGGAGAAGGGGUCGGCGGAGCCGGGUAAGGAAGAGGACGAGGACGAAGAGGAAGGCGGGAUCACCUUCAAGGCGCGCUUUACGUCCACGCCGGAGGACAGGAGGGACAGGACGCACUCGGCGUUGCCUCUCCCCGUCCGGCCUCGCUCCCCCACCCGGCCAGCAUCACCCGUGGCACAUCCGCCUUCCUCCACCGGGAGAGCGGACCUCUGUCUGACCCCUGCGCCCCAACGUGUCACCGAGCGAUCCCCUCGGCCCAUUCCGGGAGCCUGUACCACCGUGGUCCAAUCACCGAGUCAGAUGUUCAUCUCCACGACAACGUCUUCCUCUGUCCAAAAUCCAGGAAAGUGUCAGAGCUCCACCUUCUCCACCUACACCAUCACCACGUGCAGCAUCCUGCACCCCAGCGACAUCACACAGGUCACCCACAGCUCCCGGUCGUCCCUCGUGGCCAACACCCCGAGCUCCAUGAGGACCGGUCCCAGCACCCCUGUGACCCCCUGCCGGCUGAGCCUGGGCGACUGCUUUCCCCCCCGACGCCCCCUGGUGGCCACCAGCGGCCUGGCCAAGCUGGUCCUGGAGAGGGGCAUCUCCGCACAAGUCUCCGCCGACGGCCCGCCUCGUCCCCAAAGACGGCGUCCCGGCAGCCCCUCUUCCGCCUGCUACCCCGGCACGCCCCCCAACUCCCCCUCGCACUCGCGGGACCCCUCCCCGGUGCCCCCAGAGCCCCGCAAGCAACAGGCCGACAACUUCCUCGCCUCGCGGCCGGCCGAGCUCUUCCUCCAGGACGUCUACGGGCUGAACCUGGGCCGCGCCCCACACCCCGACCUGCCCAGCCCGUCCCAGGGAACUCCGGCCCACGUCCCGCCCCCCAAGCCCGGGCACGCCAAGCCCGACCUCGGCCUGGUGGAGAGGCUGCGGCGGCUGGGGUUCACCCGGGUGCUCCAGAGCGCAGAGUCUGAGGGGCCGUGCCAGGGCUCCGCCACGUUUGUGUCGGCAGGCGGGGGGAGCCUGCUGGACGGCCUGAGGCGCAACCAGAGCCUCCCGGCCAUGAUCGGUGCCCGGGCGGGGAAACUGUCCGGUAACCCAACGCCUCGUCCCCACCCGACCUCCCUGGCCCUCCAGCCGCCACCCUGGGGAAACCCCAAAGAGCGGCGGCGGCAUCUUGCCUCCGUCCCCCGCGCCCCGCCAGGUUCAACAAAGCGCUGACGAGGUGGCUGGACACUUCAACCGCUCUUUCUGUCUCCCUCCUACUGCCCUUUGGGGGACGAGGGGGCGUCCAGCGGGAAGAACAGACCAACCCCUCCUUUUUUUUUUUAAACCUUCCUCUUUGAAGCACAAUUGAACGAGCUGACUGUUUAUAGUAGACAGUAACCAAGGCCCUUAUCUCGCCUCCCCCCCUGGGGCUGCGCCCGGGGACCUUCUCAGUAAAUAAAGUCCGCUUCUGUAGUUUUUGCAGCGAAGGUUCUGGAUGCUCAUGUGUAGGAGGGAAGAAAAUGGCAACGCGUACGUGGACGAAGGAUGUGGAUGUGGAUGAGGAUGUGGAUCAUGAGAUGGAGUUGUGAGGAAGGAAUAAGUAGGUCAGAGGUCAGAGGGCAGAGUAAGUGGGAAGGUAAAGGAGACUGAGCAUCCACUCUCGCGAUUCCAUGGGUUGUUCUGCGUGGGGGAGAGUCAAGUCAGCUUUAGUCUGUAAUGAAAUAGCAUUAUACUACAACCACAAGCAUUAUACAGCAAACGCUUUAAAGGCAUGUCCCAAUAAAACCAGAAGGGAUUCAACAUGCUUUUUGUAACUUGAGGACUUUGAGUGGCAGCUGGUUUAAUAGCAUACUGCCAGACCAUUGUUGUAGUCAGACCACGCCAUUGACAUGCCAGUAUUAAUAUUGUGAGGAUUUUACUUGCAAGCCAAUGCCUGAGAAGUCAGAGGCAAGCUUGGGGUUCCCAGCAUGCACCUGUCGGGAGGCAGGCCAGACCAGAGCGAGACGGGGUCUGCCUUUGUCCUCGGGUCCUCGAAUUUGAUUCAAUUUGCAGCCACCGUCCUCACCUGAAGGCCUUUUUCUCUCACGGGCAGUCUGGGAAGCCGGAUAAAUAUUAACACAUAAUUUAGUUGCACAUGACGAUGUUUAUGUGAUUCACACACCAGGGAACUGGGGGGGUGUAUUCCUUCAGGAGAGGAUAAUGAAAAGUGAUCCUUUAUUAUUUGGUUGUAUUUUAUAAAAUCAUGCUUUUGAUACAAGGAUCAGAGGUGUGCGCUUGACCACCGCGGCCCCUUUAGCGCCGUCGUCCCCAGCAACCGUUGAUCCGACCAGACCCCCCCCCCACUCGCCUAUUGCACUUUGACUCUUUGUUUUAACCUUUGUUUUGGUGACACUACUAUUUGAACUAUGAAUAUUUUAACAUAUUAAUGAAAACAGUGCAACGAUUUUAAUAUGUCCAGCCAUCUUUAUUUUUCUUGCUUUCCCGCAGAGGGGAAUUCAAAUUAAGACAAAAGUGAUGCUUUUAUUUUUUAAGUAAUUGAAUAAAUGUGUUUGUCAUGCAAUUUAGUGCUAAAUUGCUGUGUUUUUUUGUACAUUUGUUAGAGUUUAGAGCAGAGGAAAAAAGGCACCAUCAGGCUUCUCAUCCGUAGAUUAGUUGUAUUUGUCAAAUCCCCUGUUUUUCCAGUAGGGCGGCAGGUUCAGGUGUGUCUUUUGUUGGCUACUAUGUUAUGUCGCUUCCUCGUGCCUCUCCUCUAAGAUCAUUAUCCUCUAAACUACACAUGGCUAUUAAUAAGCUGCCUCUUUUUUUUUUUUAUAAUAAAGCAAUGGAAACAAAG